AUGAAAUACAUCAAAAGAAUGGCUCAGCAUCAGCCACCUUCAGAAUGUUGCAUCCAAGUUUGUUGCCGUAUUAGGCCUUUAAAUGAAACAGAAAAGAAAAAUGGGUAUCAAUUUAUACCCAAAUUUCCUUCAAAAGAAUCAAUUAUAGUUGGAGGAAAAACGUAUAAUUUUGAUAGAGUAUUUGAUCCUUCUUGUAAUCAACAACAAGUAUAUGAAGGAUCAGCUUAUCAUAUUGUACAGGAUGUUCUUUCUGGAUACAAUGGAACAGUUUUUGCAUAUGGUCAAACUUCUUCUGGUAAAACUCAUACUAUGGAAGGAAUUAUUGGUGAUAGUGAAAAACAAGGUAUUAUUCCUAGAAUUAUAAAUGAUAUUUUUACUCAUAUUUAUAAUAUGGAUGAACCAGAUUUAGAAUUUGUUCUCAAAGUUUCAUAUUUUGAAAUAUAUAAUGAAAAAAUAAGAGAUCUUUUUGAUGUUUCAAAAACAAAUUUAGCUAUACAUGAGGAUAAAAAUAGAAUUCCUUAUGUUAAAGGUGCGACUGAACAAUUCGUAUCAACACCAGAAGAAGUUUUACAGGCAAUCGAAGAAGGUAAAAAUAAUAGAAUGGUUGCUGUAACUAAUAUGAAUGAACAUUCUUCACGGUCUCAUUCCGUCUUUCUAAUAACUGUUAAUCAAGAAAACAAAAAUACAAAUAAAAAACUUUCUGGAAAAUUAUAUUUAGUUGAUUUAGCUGGAUCUGAAAAAGUUUCUAAAACAGGAGCUGAAGGAAUGGUAUUAGAAGAGGCCAAAAAUAUUAAUAAAUCAUUAUCUGCAUUAGGUAAUGUAAUUGCUGCCUUAGCAGAAGGAACAAAAUCUCACGUUCCAUAUCGUGAUAGUAAAUUAACUAGAAUACUUCAAGAAUCAUUAGGAGGUAAUUCUAGAACAACUAUUGUUAUUUGUGCUUCACCAGCUAGUUUUAAUGAAGGUGAAACAAAAUCUACAUUGUUAUUUGGUCAACGGGCUAAAACUAUUAAAAAUGUUGUUGUUGUUAAUGAAGAAUUAAGUGCUGAAGAAUGGAAAAGAAGAUAUGAACGAGAAAGAGAUAAAGUUUCACGACUUAAAAAUCAUUUGUUAUUGGUAGAAGCUGAACUUAAAAGAUGGAGAAGUGGAGAAAAAGUUCCAGAAUCUGAAUGGACUCAAAUUCUUGGUGGUGAUAUUGUUCAAAUGGGUGAUAUUGGAAAUAGUUCAUUAACUCCAUCGAUUUCAGAUUCAAUGAUGGCAUCAAUGGAUAGAAGUAUAAUGAAUGCUAAAGUUAUUGGAAGUGGUGAUACAGGUCCAAUUACAGAUGAAGAAAGGAGGAAAUAUGAAGAAGAAAGAAGUAAAUUAUAUCAACAACUUGAUGAUAAAGAUGAUGAAAUUCAACAACACAGUCAAAUUGCUGCUCGAUUGCAACAACAAAUUUCUGAACAAGAUGAUCUUAUCAAAAAUCUUAGAGCUGAUUAUGAAAGUGUUUUGUCUGAAUUGGCUCUUACUCAAACAGAAAAUGAUACUUCUAAAGGUGAAUGUAAAGAAGUUAUGGAAGCAUUAGAAGAAGUUGUACUUUCACUUGAACAAAAGAAAGCAGAAGUUGAUCAUAAAGUUAAAGAAAAUGAAAACUUGUCUGAAGAACUUAACAAAAAGACAUUACAAAUAAUAGAGCUUAAUUCAAAAAUGGAUGAAAUUAAAGAACAAGCAGAUAUUCAAAGGAAAAAGAUACAAGAACAUUUCCAGAAUAUGAUUCGUGAACUUCAAGAAAGUGGUGAUGAUAGCAUUGUAUUAAAAGAUCUCGAAAAUCAGGCAACAGAUGAACUUUUGACUCAUACUCGUUUAGCAAUAACAAAAUUAACUUCUGAUUUCAAAGCAGCCCAAAUAAAAGUUUCUUCCUUAGAAACGGGAUCUGAUGAUGUUGCUAAGAAAGUUGAGCAAUACGAAAAAGAGUUAAGUGAGAUUAAGAUUAAUCUCCAACAACAUGAGAUUAAAAAUAAAAGUCUUAAUGAAAAAUGUGAUGAAUUGGAGAAGGCCAAACGUGCACUAGAAGAGACUGUUGAUUCAUUAAAUGCAACACUAGCAUCUGCAUCAACCAGCAGUUCUAGUGGUGUUGUUAAUGAAGAAGCAAAGGAACAACAUCAAAAAUUAGUAGCACAACUUCGUGAUCAAUUAGCUGAAAGAAAUAAUGAAUUAGUAAAUGUUCAAGAUGAAUUAAAAAAUCUCCAAGUUGUCAAAGAUCAAUUACAAGCAGAUUUUGAUAAAUUGAAACAUGAAGAAAAUGAAAAAGAAAACAUUAUUAAAAAUAUGAGCACAAUGGGUGAUCGUAAAGAAAAAGCUUUACAAAGUCUUAGAUCACUUCAAGGUGCAAUGGGUAAAGAAUUAUCUUCACUUUCAAAUCUUAGAAAAUUCUUUGCACAAGAUAUGCUUAUGAAAACUAAGAAAGGUCCAAUGGCUCCAGAUGGUGAAGAAGAAUAUUAUUCUCCAGUUGCACAAAAGCAAAAAAUUAUUUUCCUUGAGAAUAAUCUUGAUCAAUUAACAAAAGUUCAUAAACAACUUGUAAGAGAUAAUGCUGAUUUAAGGUAUGAAUUACCAAAAUUAGAGAAAAGAUUACGUGCUAGUAUGGAAAGAAUCAAGACAUUAGAAAUGGCUUUAAAAGAAACUAAAGAAAAUGCAAUGAAAGAUAGAAAACGAUAUCAAAUGGAGGUAGAAAGAAUCAAAGAAGCUGUAAGGCAAAGAAAUUUAGCAAGACGAGGUAUUGCUCCAAAUAUUGCUAAACCAAUUAGACCUGGUCAACAUUAUCCAUCUCAACCAUCAAUUGUCAGGACAAAUACUAGCAAUAAUAACGUUCCAGGAUCUGGAAUGUAA